AUGGCGCUUCUCAAUAUCACCACCAACUUCACUCUUCUGGAGUCCCUUCUCAAUAGAACGGAAGACCCGGAUCCAGAUUGUGACAACUUCCUCCAUCCUGACAGCCCUUUGGCUAGCGCUUACUUUCAAACGGCCGUUUACUCCAUGUACAUCACCAUUUUUGUGGUAGCGCUGCUAGGCAACGUGUUCGUUUGUUACACUGUGCUGUCAUCGCCGCGCAUGCGCACCGUCACAAACUAUUUUAUCAUGAACUUGGCCGUUGGUGAUAUGCUGAUCACCAUAUUGUGCGUACCGUUCACCUCGGUGUCAUUGGUGAAGCAGUAUUGGCCUUUCGGUGGAUUUCUGUGUCCUGUCAUCAACUACUUUCAGGUAGGUAAACACUGA